AUGUCGUCGUUGGGUAGGUAUCGGUAUGAAGUUCAAGGAAAGGUUUGGCGACCAAAGGUGCAACCUGUGGUGCGUGAAGAGGGGGUAGCUUUACAACAUAAAAAGCAGCAGGUUCAGCAGGAGGAGCGUCCACAGCAGGAGGGAUCUCAUUUAAGCUUUAAUUUGUUAGACCUGAAUGAGGCUUGGGUGCAAAGGUGCGCACAUGCGCGUACAAUUGGGUCCAUGAGCGUCGACAUUUUGCAAGAGUCGUUUAGCAGCAUUGGACUCUACAACUUUCGUCUCAUCCUUUUGGGAGCGAAAGAAGUUUUGCUUGAAUUUGAGACUAAGGAGGAGAUGCAGAGCACAAUCACAGAGUGCAGGUAUUUUUUAGAGCAUUAUGUAACUGAUGUCACGCCGUGUACUAUUUUCACGUUUGGUGCGUCUCAACUUGUUUGGAUUCGCUUAUGGCAAGUCCCCCUGGGGUUGUGGACUCAGCCUUUCUUCUCAACGGUUGGAAAUAGGCUCGGGACCUAUGUGAUGUCUGAUGAUGCAACCACGCUACGACAUCGAAUUGAUUAUGCACGCAUAUUAGUUCGAAUGAAUCAUCCGCUUUUGAAUUGUUUCACUAUGUCUGUUGAUGUCGAAGGGACGUCCUGCAUUGUGUUGGUUGAGAAGGACGCCGCUACUUAUGAUUAUGGGCGAGUUGAAGUUAUGCCGUCAACGCCAGUGAAAGAAUAUGUGUUAGAUGAGAGUUCUGAUGAUGAGUCCAUGAACGAUGGGAUUGCCACAACCCCAGAAGCUGCUCAUGAAAAGGACUAUGAGUCUGCAUUUGAUGUGAACUCUAAGGAGGAAGAUGAAAUCUAUAGGAAUGACAAGAUGGAAGGCCUGGCUUUUUUACAGACCGAGGCAACUGAGGAGGUGUUGUGUGGUGGCAUGGCGGUGAGGAAGGUGGCGGCAGAACUGUGUUCGGAGUCGCCGGUGAGAGACAAUGGAGAUGCGUUGUUUUCAAAUUCAAAAAUUGCACCGGUUUAUUCAAGAACGCAAUUCAAGGAGCCAUUCAAGGGCCUGGUCGACUCCAUUAAAUCAGGAGAGCAAGUCAAGGAGCAGAUCUUGGUCGUAGAUAAGGGAGAAGCGUGUGUUUCAAAUUCAAAGGUAACAACAGUUAAUUUUGGGACGAAAUUCAGGGAGCAGAACACGGUCUUGAUGGAUGCAAUUAAUUUAGCAGCGCAAACCAGGGAAGAGGUUUUGACGAGAAAUCAUGGAGAAAUGAAAGUUUCAGGCGAAGAUGAAGGAGAACUGUUAUGCCACUCGUAUGAUUCUAACGGUGAAUGA